GUUGUGUCCAACGGGGUGGACCGGCGGCUCGCGCUCUCCAGAAACUCCGGUCUCCAGAGAGGCAUCAUGGGCUUCGGGAAGUCCUCCCCCUUUCUGGCUUUCAGCAUCUUGGUCCUGUGCCAGGCAGGCAGCCUCCAGGCGGCACCCUUCAGGUCUGCUUUGGAGAGCGUCCCAGAACCCAUGGCACUCAGCGAGAAGGAAGGGCGCCUCCUGCUGGCUGCCCUGGUGAAGGCCUACGUUCAAGGAAAGACAAAUGAACUGGAGGAACAGGAGCAGGAGGAAACAGAGGGCUCCAGCAUCACCACCCAGAAGAGAUCCUGUAACACUGCCACCUGUGUGACCCACCGGCUGGCAGGCUUGCUGAGCAGAUCUGGAGGUGUGGUGAAGAACAACUUCGUGCCCACCAACGUGGGCUCCGAAGCCUUUGGCCGUCGCCGCAGGGACCUUCAUGCCUGAGCAGCUCAGUGACUCAGGAAGAAGGUCACCAUGAAGCUGAACUCACCAAUUCUAUUAAUUUCUGUUGCCAACACUUGGUGAGAAGGCCCCAUGGAAGAUAUACAUGUUUGCAUCCCAAUAGAUACUGAAAAAAAGCACCUUUGUCACUUACAAGGAAUGAAAGUGAAUGCAAAAUAAGCUAAAUCCAUAUGUAUCGUGUAUCCUUUUUAUAUUUGACUCUGUGCAGUAAGUGUGGUGGAUGCAUAGAUCGUUGGCUUAUCUGGUAGCAAACCGGUUCUUUGAGAGCGAUCCUGUUGAACAUGGCAGCUCUGCCAAACCUUAGGGGGACAAUAAGUCAUUGCUUUUGUGGCCUCUGGGAACACAUGGUAAUGGUGAUGCUUUGCCUUGUUGUCUAAGAACAUGACUGUAUAAUUUGUUUAAGGAAAUCUCAAUG